AUGACGCCGCGCGCGGUGGGAGCGAGCGGCGCGGCUCACGCCCUCCUCGCGUGGGUGCUGCUUCUCUGGGACGGGUCGGCGCUGGGCCAGAUGGAUCAGAUGCCUCGCAAGCCAAAGCCAGCGCCGCUCAACGGCGACCUUCCCUACAUCCGAUGCCAGACCUGCGAGAUCAUGGUCGCGCAGGCGCUCGGGCGGGUGAAGGAGGUGCUGGAGUCGCAGGCAUCGCCGGCGGAGAAGAAGAAGAAGGGAGCCAAGCGGCGGUUCGAGCACUCGAGCAGCCUCGGCAGCGUCGAGGGCGCGGUGGAGGAUAUCGUGACCGGGCUGUGCGAUGCAGAGGGCAAGUACGGGGGCUGGAUCUCUGACUACGACGUUGUCAAGCGAGAUAGCGCAUUGAAGCUCGAGAGCCAGGUCGGAGGGGACGUCGCCGGCGGCCACUGCCGCCGCGAGUGCCGCACCAUCGCAAAGGCGUGCGCUGGCGUCCUGGAAGACGUCGAGUCGGACCUCGGCGACCUGCUGAUUUCGGCCGCCAAGUCGGGCAGGUCGGCCGGGACGACGGCGCAGCGGGUCUGCGUCAAGAUGGCCGGCGUGUGCAAAAAGGGAAAGACGCCGGCGUGGCCCGAGGGCAAGGUGCGCAAAAACGAGCAGUUCAAGCCCAAGACGGCAAAGGACAAGCAGACCGAGGAGCUGAUGGCGUCGCUGCAGAGCAUGCCCGGGAUGGGCGGGCAGGGGCUCUCGAUGAUGACGGGCUCCGACAUCGACCUCGGGGAGAACAAGGUGGACCCCAUUGACGAGCUCAAGGAUGAGGUCUGA